AUGGACGGUGCCAACUUUAACCAGAUCAGGCCUGUUUUCAGCCUCGGUCAGCAUGAUUCCAACAGAGAUCAGCCUCUGGAUGACCUUCAGUACGGCCAGAUUCUGAACGCUGGUGUCAACUUUGUGACGGCACCCAUCACCAACAAGCACUUCCAUGCGCGUGUGAAGGACCUCGUCUCUCAGCAUCUCGCAAAGGCAAAGCAAAAUGCCGUCUCUUUGGCCGAUGCCGUUGUCCCUCCUUUGACCCCCAAGGACACUUCUCUCUUCCCCAGUCACGCAGUGACCACUUACAUCGCCUACGCCAGCCCCUGGAUUGACUUGGCCUCCACCGACCCCGUCAUCGCCAGCGUUUCGAGACAGGUCCUCAACCUCGAAAUUGCUUACGCCAACUUUUGCGGCGUCCGAAGCAUCAUCGUUCCUGGUCCGAGAAGAGACGCCUCCAAGAAUGGCGGAAACAUAGGCAUCGCCCAGUACGGCCGAGCCGUGCAGGAGGCCAUGAACAUUGCUUCGCGCCUCAACUUCAUCAUCCACAUCCCCAUGUACCGCGAGCCUGGUCUGGAGGAGUCAAUCGAGCUUCUCUCCACGUUGUCUGAGGAGCCUCACCCCGAAGAGAGCAGAGAAAUCGACAUUUACAGCGCCUGGGACUCCUGGCACUCCGUCCGCACUAUAGCCCUGCCCGAGAGGGCGCUCCAGGACAAGUGGUUUGCCGAGCCUCUGCACUUCUUAUCUCUCAGUGGCAAUACCUUCCAGAAGAACAAGACCGGGCACCCUGCCCUCCCUAGAGCCCACCAGGACAUGAUCUUUAACUACAUGCGUCUGAAGAACGCCCCCUGGCUCCUGCUCAGCGACGUCGGCCCGGACCCUGCCUCUUUGACGGCUGAAGCCCAGCUCCAGGCCGUCAGCUUGGCAAACCAGGUCUCCACUGCCGCAGACUUCCCUCCUUUGGGCGACUCAUCGGUCCAACUGACAACGGACUCGCUAAAGUCUUUCCGCACUUACGUGGUCUACCUUAAGUGGCUCGAAAUGCAGCAGCGACCGCUGUCGUACUUGGAACAGACGACGCUCACCAGCUUCCAAGACUGGCUCCAGUCGCCCCUACAGCCCUUGUCUGACAACCUUGAGUCGGCUACGUACGAGGUCUUCGAGGGAGACCCGGUCAAGUACAACCAGUACGAGGCCGCUUGCACGGAAGCGCUGGCAGAGUGGCACCAACUGGGCAGAGCCACCUCUUCGCAGAAUGGCGCCGUUGUCAUCGCCGUGGUCGGCUCCGGCCGUGGACCUCUUGUGACGAGAGCUCUCAAGGCCAGCGAGGCGACGGGCGUCCCCGUCCAGGUCUGGGCCGUGGAGAAGAACCCCAACGCGUAUGUCUAUCUCCUGAGACAGAACGAGAUGAUCUGGGGCGGUAAAGUCACUGUUGUCAAGACGGACAUGCGUUCAUGGAAGGGUCCCCUCAUCUCUGGCACGCCCGAAAACAACCCUGUUUACGGCAAGGUCGACAUUCUGGUGUCGGAGCUUCUCGGCUCCUUUGCCGACAACGAGCUCUCGCCUGAGUGCUUGGACGGUGUCCAGCACGUCCUGGCUCCCGGCGGAAUCUCGAUCCCAGAGUCGUACACGGCGCACAUGAGCCCAAUUGCGACGCCGCGCAUCCACGCCGACCUUCUCACCAGGGUGCCGACGGAGCCCAACGCCUUCGACACCCCCUGGGUUGUGCGUCUCUUCGCCCUCGACUUUGCUGCUGUCCGCGUGCCCGAUCAUCCCCGCUUCCAGCAGGCGUGGGAGUUCUCCCACCCAGUACCCGAGGCUACGCUGAAGCAGAUUGAGACAAGACGCGCCGGCGGCGUUAUGGGCGGUGGAGGUGGAAGCAUGGCCGGCGCCGUCGGUGCCAACGACCACAACUCGCGGUUCUGCCAUCUCACGUUCGUCUGCCGCACGAGGGGUGUCAUCCAUGGUUUGGCUGGUUACUUCGAGUCGGUCCUCUACGCGCCACAGACCGGUAACAAGGAGAAGGUGGAGAUCAGCACACACCCCGAGCUGAUCGACCGCAAGAGCAAGGACAUGAUUUCCUGGUUCCCCAUCUUCUUCCCCAUCAAGCAACCCAUCUACUACCCUGCCGACACGGAGCUGGAGGUCACAAUGUGGCGACAGACGGACGAUUCGCGGGUGUGGUACGAGUGGCUCAUCGAAGCGCACACAUGGGUAAGCGAGACACAGCGCAUCAAGGUGGCGUCGUCGGAUCUCUGCAGUAGUCGCAAGGUUGCUUGUCUUAUGUAA